AUGGUUGUUGAGCCAAACAAUGAUGAUGAUGAGGAGGAGGAAACAAAUACAUAUCUCGAUAUUUACUAUCAAUCGCCAAAUCAUAGUGUGGAGACUGAUGCAAAUAAUGUUGAACAACCUAUUCUUGAGCUUAGUAGACACAACGAUGAGCUCCUCUUUGGUUCAUUGUUCAUCAUCGGCGGUCCAAUCAAGGGGAAGAAGAAUGGAUCGAAGGCAGAUCGGAGAGCAGGUGGGGGAUCAACCGCCCUUCAUCACAGGAAUCGAGUAAAGAGCAAUUUGGAAGAACUUAAUCAUAUUUGCACUGCUACAGAUGGUGGCGAAUUCCGAUUCUGUGGGAAUUAA